AGGCGGGAGGAGGAGGCGGCGCUUCCGGCCGCGGUCGGCGUCCUGGGAGGCAGAGCGACGGGGAGCUGUCCGGGUGGGGAGCGCGCGCUGCCUUCUUCCUCCUCCUCCUCCUCCUCUCCCUCCUCCUCGGGGUGAGGGGAGCGCAGGCUGGGGCCCCGACCCCAUGGACCGGGAGGAGGCGGAGGCCGCCGAGAGCCGGGGCCGCGCUGUGCGGCCCUGAGCCCCGUGAACUGGUUCCGCCUUUCUGGAAGGCCAUGGAGAAGAGGCUGGGAGUCAAGCCAAGCCCUGCUUCCUGGAUUUUAUUGGGAUUUUGUUGGCAGAUAUCCGUGAAAUGGUUGAGAAGCCUGUACCUAUUUUAUACUUGCUUCUGCUUCAGCGCUCUAUGGUUGUCAACAGAUGCCAGUGAGAGCAGGUGCCAGCAAGCGAAGACAGAAUUUGGAGUUGGCCUGAGAUCUGGGGGAGAAAAUCACCUCCGGCUUCUUGAAGGAACCUCCUCUCUCCAGUUGUGUUGGGCUGCCUGCUGCCAGGACUCUUCUUGCCAUGCCUUUUGGUGGUUAGAAGGGAUGUGCAUUCAGGCAGACUGCAGCAGUCCCCAGAGCUGCCGGGCUUUUAGGACAGACUCUUCCAAUUCCAUGCUGGUGUUUUUUAAAAAGUUCCAAACUGCAGAUGACUUGGGCUUUCCACCUGAAGAUGAUGUACCACAUAUUUUGGGGCUAGGUUGGAGCAGAACAUCUUGGAGGAGACAGAGACUACCCAGAGCUCUGCUCAGACCCACUGUAUCUUCCAGUGACCAUCAGAGCUUAACCAGGAAGCUUUGGAAGAGAGAGAGUCCCAGCGAAGAAGUAACCACACAUAUAGUGACACAGCAUUCUGAAAUGAAUGACUCCAAGGAAGUAGGUUAUCUGAAUACCAGUGGUUCUGCAGAGGUUCACAAGGCAGUUAUAAUUUCCAGUCCCUUAACCACAGUCCUGACUGCGGAGAUUCCUGGUUGGUCAAAGAAUGAAUCAGCCCAACCUGAGACAUCAGAGUAUCCUGGUACUACACCUAGCACUCAGCAAGUAAAAAGUCUUGAGAAAAUCCAGAAUGCUACCCUUCUGCCCGUGGCUCCCUCCUACAGUUACACCACCCCUGACCCCCAGGCCUCUUUCCAGACCACCUCAACACCAUACCCAGUUAUAAAGGAAUUGGUGGUAUCUGCUGGAAAGAGUGUCCAGAUCACCUUGCCUAAGAAUGAAGUUCAGUUAAAUGCAUACGUUCUCCAAGAACCACUUGAAGGAGAAACCUACACCUACGACUGGCAGCUGAUUACUCAUCCUAAAGACUACAGUGGAGAGAUGGAAGGGAAACAUUUCCAGAUCCUCAAACUAUCCAAGCUUACCCCUGGCUUAUAUGAAUUCAAAGUGAUUGUAGAUGGUCAAAAUUCCCAUGGGGAAGGCUAUGUGAACGUGACGGUGAAACCAGAGCCCCGGAAGAAUCAGCCUCCUGUUGCCAUUGUGUCACCACAGUUCCAGGAGAUCUCUCUGCCAACCACUUCCACAGUCAUUGAUGGCAGCCAAAGCACUGAUGAUGAUAAAAUCGUCCAGUACCAUUGGGAGGAACUUAAGGGACCUCUGAGAGAAGAGAAGAUUUCUGAAGACACGGCCAUAUUAAAACUAAGUAAGCUCGUCCCUGGGAACUACACUUUCAGCUUGACUGUAGUUGACUCUGAUGGAGCAACCAGCUCUACCACUGCAAGCCUGACAGUGAACAAAGCCGUGGAUUAUCCCCCUGUGGCCAAUGCGGGCCCCAACCAAGUGAUCACCUUGCCCCAGAACUCCAUCACCCUGUUCGGGAACCAGAGCACUGAUGAUCAUGGUAUCACCAGCUAUGAGUGGUCACUCAGCCCAAGCAGCAAGGGGAAGGUGGUGGAGAUGCAGGGUGUUCGAACACCAACCCUGCAGCUGUCUGCCAUGCAAGAAGGAGACUACACGUACCAGCUCACAGUGACCGACACAAUUGGACAGCAGGCCACCGCCCAAGUGACUGUUAUUGUGCAGCCCGAAAACAACAAGCCUCCACAGGCAGAUGCAGGCCCUGAUAAAGAGCUGACCCUUCCUGUGGACAGCACCACGCUGGAUGGCAGCAAAAGCUCUGAUGAUCAGAAAAUUAUCUCCUAUCUCUGGGAGAAAACACAGGGACCUGAUGGCGUGCAGCUCGAGAAUGCGAACAGCAGUGUCGCCACGGUGACAGGGCUCCAAGUAGGAACCUACGUGUUCACCUUGACGGUCAAAGAUGAGAGGAACCUGCAAAGCCAGAGUUCUGUGAAUGUCAUUGUCAAAGAAGAAAUGAACAAACCACCUAUAGCCAAGAUAACUGGGAACGUGGUGAUUACCUUGCCCACGGACACAGCAGAGCUGGACGGCUCCAAGUCCUCAGAUGACAAGGGAAUAGUCAGCUACCUCUGGACCCGAGACGAGGGCAGCCCAGCAGCAGGGGAGGUGCUAAAUCACUCUGACCACCACCCGAUCCUCUUUCUUUCCAACCUGGUUGAGGGCACCUACACAUUUCACCUGCAUGUGACUGAUGCGAAGGGGGAGAGUGACAUGGAUCGGACCACUGUGGAGGUGAAGCCUGAUCCCAGGAAAAACAACCUGGUGGAGAUCAUCUUGGAUGUCAACGUCAGUCAGCUAACUGAGAGGCUGAAGGGGAUGUUCAUCCGCCAGAUUGGGGUCCUCCUGGGGGUGCUGGAUUCCGACAUCAUUGUGCAAAAGAUUCAGCCGUACACGGAGCAGAGCACCAAGAUGGUAUUUUUUGUUCAAAACGAGCCUCCCAACCAGAUCUUCAAAGGCCAUGAGGUGGCGGCGAUGCUCAAGAGUGAGCUGCAGAAGCAAAAAGCCGACUUUCUGAUAUUCAGAGCCCUGGAAAUCAAUACCGUCACGUGCCAGCUGAACUGUUCCGACCACGGCCACUGCGACUCGUUCACCAAGCGCUGUGUCUGCGACCCCUUCUGGAUGGAGAAUUUCAUCAAGGUGCAGCUGAGGGCCGGAGACAGCAACUGUGAGUGGAGCGUGUUGUACGUUAUCAUUGCUUCCUUUGUCAUUGUCGUCGCCCUCGGAACCCUGUCCUGGACGGUAAUCUGUUGCUGUAAGAGGCAGAAAGGAAAACCCAAGAGGAAAAGCAAGUACAAGAUCCUGGACGCCACGGACCAGGAGAGCCUGGAGCUGAAGCCCACCUGUCGGGCAGGCGGCAGGCAGAAGGGCCCGACGCCCGGCAGCAGCCUCAUGCGCUCCGAGUCCGAGCUGGACAGCGACGACGCCAUCUUCACGUGGCCCGACCGCGACAAGGGCCCGCGGCCGCAGGGGCAGAACGGCUCGGUGCCCAACGGGCAGGCCCCGCUCAAGGCCCGGGCCCCCCGCCAGGAGAUCCUGUAGCGCGGCUGCCCGAGCGCCAUCCAAGCUGUGAACGAGCGAGCGGCUUCCUCUCCGCCCGAACCUGCUGGGAGCGCCCCGCCCGCCCCUCCGCCAGCCCCGCCGGGGCCGGGGACCCGGGGCCGCAUCCCCUCCCGCCCGCGGGCACCGCGCAGCCGCCCCCCCCGGGUCCCCCGCAUGCCCGGACGGCGUCCUCAGGGCUCGGGCUUACGGGCGGGCGGCGCCCCCAGGACGCGCUUCACACCGCCGCACUCCCCUGUCGGGACAGGAUUAAACGAGCUAUUUAAUUGUACCUGUGCGUGCGGGGCCGCGCCGCUCACCUGAACCGGCCGCUGCGUCGCCGUGACGUCACGGCCGGGGGGCGGGGCUCGGGGGAAGGUGCGGGCUGCGGACACACAGAGGGUUCGGCCUCCCCCACCUCGCACUCCCUACCCCCAGGCCCGGCGCGGACUUGUACCUCUGGGCCCCUGUGCUUCCCGUUAGGAUCCCCGGGGAGGCAGGGGCGGCCCUACGCCCACCAUCCCUUGGGGUGGGGGUACUGGCGGCUUCUCCAGGUAGAGAAACUGAGGCCCUGCAGAGCCUGCGUGUGGUCCAGCUCGAAGGCCCCCGGGACCGCACCUGGGAGUCGGAGCACUCAGGGACCCCGACUUCGUGCAGCACCUAGGACUGCCCGGGGCGGGGCACCCGGGGGCGGGGGCCGGGAUGUGAUCACCCACAGGCUUUGCGGGCUCUCUUCGCUUGGGGGGAACGCAGGCCCCAUCCCGGGCCCUCCCGACCGCUCCCUUCACCUCCGAGGACCCUUUUGCAGCCUCUGCUGCUCCCACCAAGGGGGCAAAACUCACACCGUCCUCCCCGGCUUCCACGCCCGGGGCACCAGGUCCCUACUCCGAGGCUGGGCGCGCUGCGGGGCUGACAGUCUCCCGGCUUCUCCAGGGACACGGCAGCUGCACGAGGGAAGAGAUGGACACGGCCCGGAGUCCCCGGAGCACGACUCGGGAGUAGGACACGGAAGGACUCGAACUGUGAGCAAACACCAGAUGGUUCUGGGGCCGACGGAGGGCGGAGACCAAGGCGAGGGAAGGUCCGCAAAAACCGCUGCUGAGCUUUAGAGCUGAAGCGCCACGUUCACGGAGGGCUUGAGGAAGCCGCUGCGACCUGGAACUGGACUUCCUAACAUCUACGCCGGAGCUCGGGAGGAGGAAAUCCGCAUCAGUCGAUGAAACAAAACAGGAGCGAAGAGGGGAAAAAACAGCAUUAAAACGUGACCCUUUCAGAUCGGAUAUUAAAACCACCGCCACUACUUCCAAACACAAGUUAACAGGUUGGAUGUACUCGUUCAACUAUUUACAAGUGAGGGACCUAAGAGGUAACAUCCCAAGACUGGGGAAAAAGGGCAGUAAGGAUCCAUUAGGGGCUUUGGUUCCUAUUAAGACAACGAAGUGGCAUAGGCUCUGGGUCCCUUCCCCAAAAAUGGACUUAGAAUUACAAUAUAGCUUAGGAACCACCACCAAACCUACAAGAAAUCCGUCCCGGACCUGUAAGAACCCCGAGGAGCCUGGAGUCCCCACAGGCAGGGAGACCGGGCAGCAGCAAGAAGCCCACCCUUGUGGUACUUGUGAUCAUCAGUCAAGUGACCGGUGUCCACGGGACACUGGGCAGCCCAGGAGUUCUGCUCUUGGGAUUAAAAUACCCCCACCCCCUCACCCCCCGCAGAGCCCUGCAGCUGGCAGAGGACAAAGGUGAAGGUGCUUCCCGAGCGAGGGUCUGAAGGUAUAAAUCUCCGAACAUGACCCGGCGCCCGCGCUAGCCGGGCUGGCUGGUUGCUGUUGGCAGGGCCUCGCCUUCCCCUUCACUCACUGGGAGCGACGGCUUAGGCCCCCGCCCUGGCCUUUCCUCAAUAAACGUUACCAAAUAGGAGCUAGUGUGCUGAAGGGACAGGAGCUCGUGGGCCACAGUAACCGGAUGCUGCCUGAGGAGGCCAGCCCUCGGCCCUGAAGACGCAAACUAAACAUGCACACCAGCCAAGAAACUAAAAAUAAAACAAAAUAAAUAUACAAGGAAAUAUUAGUAAUAUGAACCAGGAACAAGGACCACAUUGAAAAUAGUACAAAAGUCGAUGAACGAGACACAGGGACACAUACAGGUCAAAACUAAUUAGCUGGUAAUAGGAAGCAGGAAAAGACAGACACACGGCAGGCAGUCCAGGGACAGAGCAGUAGUGUCCACAUCUGAAUAACUGGGCGUCCUAGAAGAGAAGAAGAAAAGUAGAAAAGGAAAUACCUGAAGAAAUGAGAAACUGGCCAGAAUUAAAGAUGAAAAAACUCAUGGAUGAAAAACGUACAGAAAACAUACAAACAGAAACACUAGACUGAAAGACAUUUAAGACCAUCUAAGAAAAAGCAAAACUUCUGACAGCUCCUAAACAGAGACGGUAGAUCAAUUACAGAGAGGGAUCAGUCGGGCACCAGGUUUCUUAAUAGUAUUUAGGUGAGAGACAAAGACGUUCCCAAAAUGCUGAAGGAAAAGAACUUUGAACUCAAAAUUCCUAUCAAGACAAAUUCAUUUAAGUAUAAGGAUGCAAUAAAAAAUAGUCUCUGGGGGAUCCCCUGGUAGCUCAGCAGUUUAGCACCUGCCCUCGGCCCAGGGCGUGACUCCGGGGUCCCGGGAUCUAGUCCCACAUCGGGCUCCCUGCAUGGGGUCUGCUUCUCCCUCCGCCUGUGUCUCUCUGUGUCUCUCAUGAAUAAAUAAAUCUUGAAACAAAAAAAAAACUCUCGGGGCACUGGGCUGGCUCAGUUGGUGGAGCAGGCAACUCUUGCUCUUGGCGUUGUCAGUUCAAGCCCCACACUGGGGGUAGAAUUUACUUAAAAAAUAUUCUUGGGGCGCUUGGGUGGCUUAGUUAAGCGCCUGC